UUCUCCUCUUCUGGAGCUACUCGGAAUCUCCCUCUGCUCUCCCCUCCUCCUCUUCCUCGUUUUCUCAUUUCCUCAAUCUGAAUCACACACGCCUCACUCCUCAUCCUGACCAGUGCCUAUCCAAUUGGAUUCUCUCCAGGGAGGACAUUAAAAGCAUACACGAAUUUGUCCCUCGCCAGUCACACAUCAAAGAACAUCACAAGCUAUGUCCUCCGCAAAGGGCCGGUUAUCGGGCCUGCUCGCCCAUUUGCUUCCCACCACCACCAACACCACCACCAACACCAAUACCUCAACCUCUACCUCAACCUCUACGAAUCGACCAGUCAAUUUCCACACCCUAUCUCCAACAUACUUUCUUCCUCGAGCUGCUGCCAUCGAACCACAUGCCGAAGCAAUCUACCACAUCACCACCAAUAAUCAAAUCCUCCGGCGAAGCUAUAUCGAAUUCGCCGACCGCGCUCGCGGCCUGGCCUAUUUCCUGAAGAGCCAUGCGUUCAAGCGCGUGGGAAUUCUCUGUCCUAAUACCCCGGCUUUCUUGGAGGCUAUCUUUGGCAUUGCCGCUGCUGGGGCGGUGCAGGUUGCGGUGAAUUACCGUCUCAAGGAAGAAGAUAUCGCCUAUAUCUUUACACAUUCAGAGGUUGAAGUGAUUAUUGUGGACCAGGAGUUUCUGCCCCUAUUACAGCGCUAUCGGGCGACGAAACCUGAUGUGCCAGUGAUUGUGGAUACCGAUACCGAUGAGACGGAAGGGCAGUUGUCUGGGCCGUUUGACGAUGCGGUCUUGGAGGGGUUGAGGUUUGAUGCCGAAACUGGGGCUCUAGGGUGGGAUGGGCUGGAAGCUCAGGCAGCUGCCGAGGAGGAUGUUCUCGCGUUGGCUUAUACGAGUGGAACUACGGCCAAGCCGAAGGGGGUGGAGCUCACCCAUCGGGGGUGCUACCUGGCGUCGUUGGCGAAUCUGGUCGAAUCUGGGCUGAAUGUGCAUGAGGGUCGGUGCAGGUAUCUGUGGACUUUGCCGAUGUUUCAUGCGGUCGGGUGGACCUUCCCGUGGGCCGUGACGGCUGUCCGGGGUACGCAUUACUGUCUGCGUAAGAUCGAUUAUCCGCAGAUCUGGAGGUUGCUGAAGCAAGAACGCAUCACGCAUUUUAAUGCGGCGCCGACGGUGAAUACUUUGCUUUGCAACUCACCGCAAGCCGAACGUCUGCCGCAGUCGGUGCGCGUGACGGUGGCGGCUAGUCCUCCGACGGGCCAUCUGUUCGAGCAGAUGACCGAGUUUAACCUGCAUCCUGUGCAUACUUACGGGAUGACGGAGACGUACGGCCCCAUCACCAAGGGGUACCAUAUGCCAGCGUGGGACAACCUCGCCCCGACCGAGCGAUACGAGAAGAUGGCGAGACAGGGCCAUGGAUUCCUGACCAGUCUGCCGGCCAGGGUGAUCAAGACGGAUGUUCCCGAGGGCACGGUUGUAGACGUUCGCCGGGACGGCAAGGAGAUCGGGGAGAUCGUGUUUGCCGGGAACAUAUGUUCCCGGGGCUACUACAAGGACCCGGAGGCGACACGGAAGCUGUUCCUUGGUGGUGUGCUCCAUUCCGGCGACCUGGCUGUCUGGCAUCCCGAUGGGGCCAUCCAGAUUCUGGAUCGAGCUAAGGACAUCAUCAUCAGCGGGGGUGAGAAUAUCUCCUCAGUUGCCUUAGAGGCGCAGCUGGUGACCCACCCCGACAUUCUGGAGGCCGGGGUCGUGUCGGUUUCAGAUGCGCACUGGGGCGAACGUCCCAAGGCCUUCAUUACGGUCAAGGAAGGUAGGGAACUCGAUGGCAAGGCGGUCAUUGAGUGGGCGCGGAAUGCUAGCGGCAUCAGUAAGUUUAUGGUCCCUCGCGAGGUGGAGGUGGUGGCGGAGCUGCCUAAAACCAGUACGGGGAAAAUCAGAAAAAAUGUACUGCGCGACUGGGCUAAGGGGGCGUCUCGGACGUGAAAGAGAUGGUGGGUUGGUUCUCGGGAGAGAUUGUAUCACUCUAUGGUCUUGUUCUGGUUGAACGGGUUGUGACUUUAUAUAGAUUGGAUAGAGUGUCGCAGGAGACGAUAAGGGCUGUACACUUGGAUUCUCUUUGAUUCUCCCCUCUUUAACAAAUCACGUAGUCGGGUAGUGGAAAAGGGGUAAUGGCGGAUGAGCUUUAAAAACCUAUUCUAAACAUGAUCCAAAGGAGGGAGCAACCCGAGGUGGAUCCUAUUUGUCUUAGAUGCGAACCACCGGGGAUGGUGAAGGCAACGAGCAUGAGGGGGAGGGGAAGGGGGGAAAGCUUUGGAUGAAACUGAAGAUAAUCAAAGCUCAGCCCCAAUAAUUCUAGCAAUUCACCUGGUAGACAGUUAUGCUUAUUUAGCGAAUCUGCUAGUGUUUGUCGAGGAAUGCUAAUAAUAAUCAUGAUACCUUUGAUGCUUGGGUG